AUGCAUAGUACGGUGCAAAACUUUCGCGAAGGGCUUUGGAAUCUACCGCGAACUACGGUCAACAGUUUGCUGCUUGCUGGGACACUUGCGGAACACUCUAGCAGGGCGGUUACCACUAAAGCUUUGUCCGACGAUGAGCUAAAUCGUGUACAGAAAACACGUUCGCCCACCGAGCAGCAGCAGCAGCGACGGGAUGAUAACAAUAAUGAUGGUAAUCAGGUGGAAGAUCCAGAGGAGAGUGAGCAGGACGAGGACGUUCCGGUGGAUGUUGCUGCCUACGGUAAGGACCGCACGGUAGAACCGAUGAAUAGUUCGGUUGCUUCUUUGCGGGCUUUCUGUGAGCAACCAUCGAACGGUCUUGAUCAGGACCAAGACAACAGGGUAACAACUCCACUGAGCUCAGAUCCUUCCAUCCUACGCGUUAAAUGGCAACUGGUUCCGCUGGAUCAGAAUGCAUCGCUGGAAGAAUUAUCACAAGCGAUUACCGUCUGCCGAUCCCUGGUACAAUCAAACGCGUACGAACCGGACACGGAUCAAAGCAAAUGGUUAGUAAGACAUUUGGUUGAGCUGCGCUACCGUUACCGGGAGUUGGUUGAUUAUUCACGCGAUCCGGAAGCGAUACUGGAAGAGACGGAAGUAAUUCUUGGCCAUCAUUUCGUUCGCCGGAAGCAGUUUCCCUUUCAGCAGUUGCAGCAAAAGCGAAAUCUGUACUGUGAUCACUGUUCCGGAGUAAUCUGGAACGUGAUGCAGGCGUCGUAUGUUUGCAACGAUUGCUACUUUGCCGUGCACCAUAAAUGCUUGCGCAGCGUAAUCCGUAUCUGUGCACACGUGGUCACGACGGAACAUAAGCAACCGAUUGAAUGUAUCUGUCCGGAGAUUGGAUUGGCGUUUCAGAAGUAUACGUGUGCCGAAUGUGGCACACAGCUGAGCUAUAAUACAUCCACCGCCAUAAACUGUUUCGGGCUGGAGUUUAAAGCAGAAAAGCUAAACUCGAUUCAACCACGGUUGUGUGAUUACACCGGUCUCUACUACUGUCCGGCCUGUCACUGGAACGAUACCAGCAUAAUUCCUGCCAGGAUCACAAACAAUUGGGACUUUGUGCCACGCAAAGUUUGUCGUGCUUCACGGCAACAGAUCAACCUACUGCUGCACAAACCCGUCAUCCGGCUGGAGGAACGAAAUCCACGACUCUUCACGUUCAUACCGCAGCUAGCUGAGGUGAAGCGUGUCCGGGUGCAGCUUGGGGAAAUGAAGCGGUACCUAACCGCCUGUCGGUUAGCCGAUGAGCGGAAGCUUGUUGCAAAGCAAAUCGGUGAACAGCGCCAUCUGAUGGAAUCGAUCGAGCUGUACAGUGUGGCGGAUCUAGUAGGCGUGGAAGAUGGCACGUUGCUAGGCUAUCUGCGUAGGUUGCGAGCGACGUUUGAGCAUCACAUCAGAAGCUGUUUGAUAUGCUCCGGUAAAGCGUACAUCUGCGAGUUCUGCAACAACGAUCAGAUCUUGUUCCCAUUCGACGAUAAUGCGGUCAGCUGUACGCGCUGCAACACCGUCAGCCAUCGGGAGUGUUACCAGCGCAAGAGCAUGAAGUGUGCCAAGUGUACACGGUUGCGGCGACGCGCAUUGCAAACUUUGCGCGAACAGUUGGAUCUAGAAAAUGGCAACUAG